AUGAAACUUUUGAUGAGUGAUCAUGAGGUAGAUUUAGUCAAUGAUAGCAUGCAGGAGUUCCAUGUGAAGUUCUUGGGUCCUAAGGACACACCAUAUGAAAAUGGUGUAUGGAGACUACAUGUUGAGUUGCCCGAUAACUAUCCAUAUAAGUCCCCAAGCAUAGGGUUUGUUAACAAGAUAUUUCAUCCAAACAUCGACAUCGCAUCGGGAUCGAUAUGUUUGGACGUGAUUAAUUCUACAUGGUCGCCUUUAUACGAUUUGAUAAAUAUUGUGGAGUGGAUGAUACCGGGUUUAUUAAAGGAACCCAACGGGAGCGAUCCCUUGAAUAACGAAGCUGCCACACUACAGUUACGAGAUAAAAAACUGUAUGAGGAAAAGAUCAAAGAAUAUAUAGAUAAGUAUGCCACAAGAGAAAAAUACGAGCAGAUGUUCGGUGAAGACGAUGGAAAUGGUGAUACCGAUGGCGACGGGGACGCACAGAAUGACACUGAUUCGGAUGAUGACAUGGAGGACACUGGGAUGUCCAGUGGUGACGACAGCGUCGACGAGUUAAGUGAAGACUUAAGUGACAUCGAUGUCAGUGAUGACGAGGACGAGGACGUGGACGUCUAG